AAAACACCAUUUUUACAACAUUAUUAUUGUUAAUUUUUAAAUAAAUGUCUUUAUUUUACUAGCAAGGACAUCUUCUCUUAUAGACUGUAGAUUCAUUUGUUAUUUUAGAUUCAAAAAAGAGCCACACAUCUUGACCACCACAUUGAAACAUACAAAGACAUUGACUCAAAUGAAAAUUGUUCUAUUGCAAUAAAAUCGAUUCAGGCCAAUUGUACUGAUAUGGAAAGGCCUAUAUGUGUGAGAAACAGAACAUUUAAGAACUUGGUUGCUGUGUGUGCCCCCAACAUUCCAAUGCCCGGAUCUCCCGCUUCAUGUCCAGUGUUUACCACAACAAUAACAACACCACCCAUCCCUAUUGUUCAGCCUGACCCUAUAUCUACUUGUGAGAACUGCUCUCGCUAUAACGUAUGGGAUAUAGAAAAAUAUCCAGAAUGUCUCAGAUUAGAAAAUGAUACACCUACUCCUCAUACCUCUGAUACACCUACUACUCAUACCUCUGACAUACCUACUACUCAUACCUCUGAUGUUACCCGAAGUUCUGCUGGCAGAAAGGAACAACAAGAAAAUGG